UGUUUCCUGGCCUUGUUGCGACCGCGGACAGACAGAAGCAAGUGGACCGGUUUGGCGCUAAGCUAAUUCCGUUUCAUUAAAGUCGUUCAUUUUUAAUUGUUUGCACCGGUUUCGUUUGCAGCACUCGCGUGGAUCUGCUUUGGAAAAAUCCACGCCACCGACACACAUUCACAACAUCGGGCUAAGAGGCGGAACUGGGCGGUUUAUUGUAAUAAACCGCUUGUGUCGCGCUAGCAGCGGAUAGGCGCCAGUCGUGUUUGACAACAGCGCUGCUCGCUCGCGUUCCCGGUGUUUGGUGGAUGUUGUGUGCAGCUGCCGACUGAAGCGGCAACAGAAGAAGAAGAAGAAGAAGAAGAAGAAGAAGAAGAAGAAGCAGCAGCAGCAGCAGAAGAAGAAGAAGCAGCCUCAACAUCGAAUCGAAGCUCAGGCGAAAGCAUGGCAGAAUUCCUCGAAGAUCCGUCGGUGCUCACGAAGGAUAAGCUGAAGAACGAGCUCGCUGCCAACAACGUGCCACUUCCGAGCGGAGAGCACAAGAAAGAAGUGUACGUGCAGCUGUAUCUGAAGAACCUGACCGCCCUGAACACCAAGGGCAGCCCGCCGGCGGACGCCUUCUCCAGCGACGAGGAGCUGCCCGCCCCCGUGGUGGCCAACAGGAGCCGAUCUGGAAGAAAAGCGACCAGAAAGACGGACAAGCCUCGCGCAGCGGAAGUGGAGGCGACAGACCUCACCGAUGAAGAUUUAAAACAGCAGCUGUUGAAGCAUGGGGUCGAGUCAGGACCCAUCGUCGCCUCUACCCGUAAAGUGUACGAGAAGAAGCUGCAGAAGCUUUUGGACCAGCCUCCAGCCGAACCAGAACCAGAACCUGAAGUGCCCACAGACCUCACAGCUCUCCCCAAGGCAGAUACCAACCAGAACGGCAACACAAAUUCUGACCAGUACAGUGACAAGGAAGACGAGGAGAUUGCUUCUCCUGAACCAGAGCCGAUUCCUGUGGUAGAGAAGCCCGUGCGGAGCAGAGGGAAAACUCCAGUCACUGUCAGGACCAGCAGCAGACGACAAACCAAGGUGGUGGAGGAAAUCAUUAUUGAAGACACCCCUAAGAAGGCCAGCAAGAGCGUUGUUGAAGAUAUCCUUGCCAAUGAAAUAAGCACACCUACAGGCAUCAGUGCGACCUGCAGGCGUCCAAUCCGAGGGGCCGCUGGCCGACCUCUAAAACCGAGUGAGUACUGGCUGGACGAGUCCCGCCUCCAGCACAGCGUCCACACCGAGACCCGCUCUUACUCCGAGUCCUUCUCACGACCGGGCGGCGCGGUCACUUUGAGCAAAGCCUCAGCCCGACGAGGCUUCCUGUCCGUGUUGCUCAAGCUCCUCCUCCUCGUUGUGGUGGCUGGUUCUCUCUACUAUGCCUACCAGAACCUGGAUGCGGAACAGAUCAACAACCUGAAAGGCCUUCUGGACGGCGUCGUCAUCCCACUCCAGGGUAUUGUGGACAGCGCAGCCACCUACCUGGGCAUCGGCAGCAGCGGUGCUGCAAAGAGCUCCGGCAAGUGAAGACCUCCAGCAGUCCCAUGUCCUGCCCACAGCUCCCGCCUCUCUGCCACCUGCCACAGCACAACACAACUCAAGCAGUAAACUUGGCUUAGCUCUUAUCUUUCCCUACAUGGUUGGACAAACGACACAGAUUUAAUUGGAAUGAAAAACUUUCUCCGCUCUGGAUUUCGCUUUUCCUCCCACCACAAGAGGGAGGUAUAACUCAAACAGUAGCUUCUGGAUAACACUGUUCCGUGGCAGUCAGAAGAGACUCAUUUUAAUGGUGAUUUUUUAUUAUUAUCUGUGAAUCGUUUGUGUCUUUGUGUGUAUUAAACCCUUGUCUGUAGAAACAAGUGCAAAAAUGGAGAGGCCAGUUUAUCCGUGCAUGGUUAUAGUUUUUGAAGGUCAUACUGUAGUUUCUGACGCUGUGUGCCAGGUGUUUUUCUGAUGGUGAAGUGCCUGGACACUGUAAGCACUUGGUGCCCUCCCAUUUUUCAAGCACAAAGCAGCGCUACUACUACCAAUACCAGAAUGUCUUCAUGUGUUUCUAUACAAGCUUCAGAAUUUGCUCUGUAGCUAUAGAGUUAGGUAGAACGAUUCAUUAUUUCGAUGGUGCUCAGGUCAAUUCAGCUCAACCUUUGUGUCGUGGUCUGUGCCGGGAGGAAACACGUGGUCAGGUCACAUCACCGCAUGAGGAAAAAUCAGCCCAUGUUCAAGUUGAAAUGAAAACAAAACUAUUGUCUCUUUUUUUUUUUUUUUUUAAACCUCCAGUAGCUGAUCACUGCUCAACUCAUCUAUGUAUGAGGCUCUGUGGUAAUGAUAAUUCUGGUCACUGUAUUGUUAUCAUUGUUUUUACUGACAAAUAGAUGAAGUCAAUUUACUGUAUUUUUGGCAUCUUGUUUCGAUCAUUACAAUUUUAGUACUCGUUGAGGAAAUGAAAACUGCAGUGUUUGAUCAUAGAUUAUUGCUUUUUCCAGCCCUGCCAGUGUGCCCAUAUGAGUUUACAUGCUUUGGGUUUUUUAGUGCUCUGUUGUGCUUUCUUUUUAUUUUGUUCUGUCUAUUAGAUUUCUGAUCCUUCAGUCCUUAAUGCGGGACUGGCUGUUGGCGCGCACCCACAUAGCCCACAUCUCAGACUGCAUGUGUCCAGACUCCAGACAUGGCAGAUCUACGAAGAAGACACGUGGAGGAAGUAAAAAUGUUUUUGGCACAGUCGAUCGGUGUAUUCUCUUUGGAGCUCUCGACCACUUCUGCCUGUGCAAAUUACCAUAAUUAAGAUGCUGUAGGUUUCUCUUGAGUGGUGGGGGGAGAGGGUUUAUUCACUGGAGGUGAUGUUUAGCAGGGAGAUAUCUUGGGCAUCUUUUUUUCUAUUUUGAUAUUUUUCUAAAGUGGUGUGUUCACCUUUUUUUACAGCACAUUUGAAAGCAAUAUGUGGUACAUGCAAGUGAUACUGCAUCUUAAUCUGAACCUUUUUUGACUUUACACAACUGAUUCGUCACCAGGCAGCUCUCCCACAAUGGACAGAAACGACGGGUUAUGUGGGUAAGGAUUUUUAAUCUGUUUAUUUAUGAUAAUGUAGGCAGUGUAUCAUAAAAUAAACUUGGUUGCUACCA